AUGAAAGGUGAUCGAUACAAGCCACAUUUUAUGGUACCAACAUUUAGAAGUGGAAAAAGAAGUAUUAGGUAUGGGAAUGUUUUGUGGAUGGUGAAAAAGGGCUAUUGGUUUUUAUGGAGGAAAGAAAUGGCGCAGGAGCAAUUAAUGCUUGAAGAUAUAUUGAG